UCCACGUCAUUGGUGCGCAGACGCAGAGGUGCAGAAGCGCUGUGAGCUGAGGUGGACUUCUUCCUUUUUACUGUUUGGAAGGAGCCGAGCACUCAGGCAGCUGGACCUCAGGAGCAACACGAAACCUCUUAAACAACCUCCGAGACGUCACGAUGAUCCGGAUAGCCGCCUUCUUUGCGCUGCUGGUGGUCGCCUGCUCAGGAGAGAGCUGCACGGACCCAGUCAUCACUCCGUCGGCCUACACCACCUCUGACGCCGUCAUCUCAUCAGAGUCUGUCUUCAUCGUUGAACUCAGCCUGACCUGCGCCAACGGAGCACAGAGCGUAACGCUGUAUGCUGAUGUCAAUGGAAGACAGUUCCCUGUAACCAGAGGACAGGACGUUGGAAAGUACCAGGUAUGGAUUCACAUGUGGCUACAGGUCAAGGCACUUGCUUUUACUGAAUCUGAUUUGUUAGCAGAGUGUUUCUUGAGUCAGGAAACGGGUGCAUGGAAUGGCCCAUGGGUGUCUACUGAAGUGGUUGCUGCCCUCAUUGGUAUCCUGGUCUACUACUUGGCUUUCAGCGCAAAGAGCACCAUCCAAGCAUAAACUGAUCCAAAACAGCUUUUUAAAUACUGGAUCAUUAAAGACUGAUUUCUGACGGGGCUCGACCAAUUAUCCAUCAUCCAGUGUUGAGACAAACCAACAGGAUUUUGCCACUUGAUCUGCUUUGGGGCAAGGAGCAGAAGUAGCAGUCUUUGUAUGUUUUUUAUUCAGACUGUGUCUCUUAUGUGCUUUUGAGUCUUUAAAGAUGAAUUUUGACACACGAUUGACUUUCGGUAUGGGUGGAGUUUUGUAACAAUGGUUUCUUCUUUUGGAAACAACAGAUCAAUAAACCUGGACUUUACAAAUAAA